GGAGAGCACGCCACAGAACGACUUUUACGCAGGCGCAGAAGCCUGUUUCCCCUCACCCGCCGCUUCCACCCUGCGCAGGCGCAAAAAGCCGCGCUGGCAACCUCCGCAGCGGUCGCGCGCACCCUUCACCCCUCUUGCUGCUUUUGUCUCGCGCAACCUUCUCAGGCCCUCCGCGAGGCCGGCCCUUUUUAUCUUUCACUUUCCCCACCCGGAGAGCCAGGUGCCGAGAAGCAGGACGUCGUCCCCUUCUCUGCAUCCCUUCCCCUCAUCCACCUCGCCUCUGUCCUCCCUCCCUUUUCCCUUCCCGAAGCCGGAAGGAGGCGAGAUACCCACGGAAAAAGCCGAAGCUGUCCCCGGAGAGUGAGGCCUUCACGAAGCGGUGGCGGAAGGAGCCGAAGUUCUCUGAUCGGAGGAGUGAGCAAGUGGCAUCUCCGGAAAGAGCCGAAACUUGGACUCGAGCUUAAUCCCACGAGGGGCCCGAGGGCGAGCUCCGGAAAUCUCCGGAAAGAGCCGAAGGCCGGGACGGUUAGGAUUGUCGGAAGUGGCCGAUUGCUUGGACAGGGCCGGCGGAAAAGAUCGGAGCAAGUCCGUGGAAGAAACCAAAGACUGGGACGGAUUGAAUUGUUGGAAGAACCCGAACUCGCAGAGGGGGCUGGGCGCAGUGGCACACGAGGACACACGGAAACCUCCGAACGUUGACGAGAUAAUCUCGGAAAAGUUACGGAAACCUGGGAAGUCGGCGGAACCCUAGGUUCGGGUGUUUUCGGAAGCAGCCGAAGCUGCCGCCUGCCUCUCCUUCGUCCAGUGUCCGGAAAUAGCCGAGGCGCUUCGGAGCCAGGCUCGGGGGGGAGGGACAAGCUCGCGGGCGGGCGGGCGGGCGAGGGGGCGGAGCCCGGGCGGGGCGGGGAGGGCUGCCGGAGGCUUGAUUAGGUAGGAGGUGGCGAAGCGCCGGCGGCGGCCGGAAGUAGCCGAAGCCAGCGGCGGAAGUAGCCGAAGCGGCCGGAGCGGGCGGCAAGGCGAGGCGAGAGCUGCACAGGGCCCUACGCGGCCGCCUCAGCAUGUCGGACUUCGACGAGUUCGAGCGGCAGCUCAACGAGAAUAAACAAGAGCGGGACAAGGAGAACCGGCAUAGGAAGCGCAGCCACAGCCGCUCUCGAAGCCGGGACCGCAAACGCCGGAGCCGGAGCCGCGACCGGCGCAACCGGGACCAGCGGAGCGCCUCCCGGGACAGGCGACGACGAAGCAAACCUUUGACCAGAGGCGCUAAAGAGGAGCACGGUGGACUGAUUCGUUCCCCUCGCCAUGAGAAGAAGAAGAAGGUUCGUAAAUACUGGGACGUGCCACCACCAGGCUUCGAGCACAUCACCCCAAUGCAGUAUAAGGCCAUGCAAGCUGCGGGUCAGAUUCCAGCCACUGCUCUUCUCCCCACCAUGACCCCUGAUGGUCUGGCUGUGACUCCAACGCCGGUGCCCGUGGUCGGGAGCCAGAUGACCAGACAAGCCCGGCGCCUCUACGUGGGCAACAUCCCCUUUGGCAUCACUGAGGAGGCCAUGAUGGAUUUCUUCAACGCCCAGAUGCGCCUGGGGGGGCUGACCCAGGCCCCUGGCAACCCAGUAUUGGCUGUGCAGAUUAACCAGGACAAGAAUUUUGCCUUUUUGGAGUUCCGCUCAGUGGACGAGACUACCCAGGCCAUGGCCUUUGAUGGCAUCAUCUUCCAGGGCCAGUCACUAAAGAUCCGCAGGCCUCAUGACUACCAGCCGCUUCCUGGCAUGUCAGAGAACCCCUCUGUCUAUGUGCCUGGGGUUGUGUCCACUGUGGUUCCCGACUCUGCCCACAAGCUGUUCAUCGGGGGCUUACCCAACUACCUGAACGAUGACCAGGUCAAAGAGCUGCUGACGUCCUUUGGGCCCCUCAAGGCCUUCAACCUGGUCAAGGACAGUGCCACGGGGCUCUCCAAGGGCUACGCCUUCUGUGAGUACGUGGACAUCAACGUCACGGAUCAGGCCAUUGCGGGGCUGAACGGCAUGCAGCUGGGGGAUAAGAAGCUGCUGGUCCAGAGGGCGAGUGUGGGAGCCAAGAAUGCCACGCUGGUGAGCCCCCCGAGCACCAUCAAUCAGACGCCUGUGACUCUGCAAGUGCCGGGCUUGAUGAGCUCCCAGGUGCAGAUGGGCGGCCACCCGACCGAGGUCCUCUGCCUCAUGAACAUGGUGCUGCCUGAGGAGCUGCUGGACGACGAGGAGUAUGAGGAGAUCGUGGAGGACGUGCGGGACGAGUGCAGCAAGUACGGGCUUGUCAAGUCCAUCGAGAUCCCCCGGCCCGUGGACGGCGUCGAGGUGCCCGGCUGCGGAAAGAUCUUUGUGGAGUUCACCUCUGUGUUUGACUGCCAGAAAGCCAUGCAGGGCCUGACGGGCCGCAAGUUCGCCAACAGAGUGGUUGUCACAAAAUACUGUGACCCCGACUCUUACCACCGCCGGGACUUCUGGUAGAGGCGGCUGGGGGAGGGUGGGGGCAGGGCUGGCUGGGGGCUUCUCCCCACUCUCGCCCCCCCCCUUAUCCCCCUCUGAAGACGAUGGGCAGAGGAGUGACAGCCGCAGACACACGACAGCCGGCAGCAACUGGAAUGGCAGCAAUUAAGGGUGGGGGGCGGGGGUUGGGGGGUUAGGGCAGGGAGGGGACUGGGGAAGUGCGCACACGGCCCACACAGACAACACGCACCCACACAGACACAGAGGGAAGGGGUUGGGAUGGGGACAGGGUGCACAGCAGGGCGGGGUAGGACCCCAGCCCCUCCCAAAACAGCCUCUCCUUCUCCCUUAGACCGCCUUUCUUCUCCUCUUCCCCACGGUAGGAACAUAGCGUGUUUAUAUUUUAUGGCCAAACUAUUUUGAAUUUUGUUGUCCGGCCCUCAGUGCCCUGCCCUCUCCCUUACCAGGACCACAGCUCUGUUCCUUCGGCCUCUGGUCCUCUCUGGUCCCCUCCUGGGUUUCUUACGUAGUUGAUUUUUCCUCUUUAGUCUCCCCCGACCUGCGCCCAGCCCCGUGGCCCCUGCCCCUCUCCUACUCUCUGUGGCAGUUUCAUAUUUGCUAAGACGAAUUUGCUCAUUAAACAUUUUGUUGUAUUUUACUUUA